GAAAAUAGCCGAAAAAAAACAAGCCGAGCAAGCAGCCCAGCCUGCAGCCAGCGCGGCCGGUGCGAGCCGGCUCAUGCUGCAUGUGGGGUCGGCCAGACUUGUGUGAUUUCUUUUUCCUCUUUUUCCUUUUUUUUUUUUAAUGUUUUCAUUAAAACCCGGUGAUAAGUAGAGGAGAUGAGGGGACUCCUGUCGUUUUACCGGGGCCUGUACACCCUGAGUAACCGUCAAGCCAGGCGCAAAGCUGGGAUUGUCGGUUCUCGGUGCGGGCUUUGCGGAACUCCGUCUACCAGCAAGCCCCAGCCAGGCUUUGGGCUGCUGUUCGACAUCGACGGCGUGCUCGUGCGAGGAAGGCUGCCGAUCCCUGCUGCAAAAAAGGCGUUCGAGAAGCUGGUCGACUCUCAGGGACAAUUUGUGGUGCCAGUCGUUUUUGUCACAAAUGCAGGGAAUUGCCUCCGACAAACUAAAGCAGACCAGCUCUCACACAUCCUGGGAGUGCCUAUUACACAAGACCAAGUCAUCAUGUCCCAUAGUCCCCUGAGGAUGUUUAAGAAGUUCCAUGACAAGUGUGUCUUAGUGUCGGGACAGGGACCGGUCCUGGAAAUUGCUAAAAAUUUGGGCUUUAAGAAUGUUAUGAGUAUUGAUAUGCUGAGGGAAUCGUACCCACUGCUGGACAUGGUGGAUCACAACAGGAGACCCAAACUGCCGUCCAAUCCUAUUGUCACCCUUUCCAAGGUUGAAGCUGUGAUUUUGUUCGGGGAGCCAGUUCGAUGGGAGACCAACCUGCAGUUGAUCAUUGACAUUUUGUUGACCAAUGGCAACCUCAGCAGUGUCCACCAAACCCAGAAGAUGCCUCACCUCCCCCUGCUGGCCUGCAACAUGGACCUCAUGUGGAUGGCUGAGGCACAUUCGCCACGGUUUGGCCAUGGGACAUUUCUAGUGUGCCUAGAGAACAUCUACAAGAAGAUAACCGGCAAGGACCUGAAGUACGAGGCUCUCAUGGGAAAGCCCAGCGAGCUGACCUACCACUUUGCAGAGUACCUCAUCAGAAGCCAGGCCAUGCAGAGGCAAUGGAAACUUCCCAUCACAACCCUUUACGCUAUAGGGGACAACCUAAUGACUGACAUCUACGGGGCCAACCUGUACAACCGCUACCUGGAGGAGAGAGCUGCUAGAAAGAACCCCAAAGCUGUUGCUCAGAUGGUGGCUGCCACCGGUUCCACCGCUGCAGUGCCCAGGGAGGAGGAGAUGGACAGUCUGUGGGAGAGCGAGCUGGCGCUGCCCUCUGCUACCUCCUGUAAGUCUGUUCUGGUUUGCACGGGGGUCUACAACCCCAACGCAGAGGUGCCAUCCGAUGCAAACCGCUGCAUCAAGGAGACUGUGUUCCACGGGCACCGGGACUUCAGAUUCGACCCGGCCCUGGUGGAGCCGGGCCACAUAGUGCAGGACGUGUUAGAAGCCGUUGACCUCAUCUUUGAGCAGGAAAAGUUUGUGCCUCAGUAGAGUUUUCAGCUGGCGGGUGUCGUGUGGUCACGGAUGGUCCAGGUAGAGAGGGCUUAGAGCAUUAAACUGGGAAUCCCACUUAAUGCACACAGCUGUAGGAGCUUAACACUGUGGACUUUGUUUAACCACCUGACAGGGCAUUGAGAAAAUAUUGGUCCUAUUUUAAACUCUCAACUUUACGACAAACUUUAGAGAAAACGAAUCAUCUAACUGUUACUAUCAUCUGCUCUUUUUAUAUUGUUUCUUUGUGAUAGUCUUUAUUUUCCUGUUUUUCAUUUAGGAAAGGUGUAAGAACUGCCUUAUUUGACCCUGCUAAGUAUUUUUUUAGAUGAUAGUAUUGUUCUAGAUUGAUACAAAUCCUGUUACCAUCCUAUAUUUAUUACAAGAAAUUUGUCAGUGUUUUUAAGACUUAUAUUCAGAUAACGUUUGACCUUUCUUCUCAAAGUGACUUAUCGCCUUUUUAGCCAUUUGUUUACCCAUUUUACCCGGAAAAUCUAUGCAUGAAUAGAGUAACACUUGUACUGUAAAGGGAAAUUGUUUGAUGUGCAAUACUGUCGUCUAAUAGUACUGUCUGUCUGCAUUGUCUAGUUCGCCAGAGUCCCGGCUAAUGUUUGCACAGAUCAGAGACGUCGUCGUUAAAUGUUACCAUAUCUUCCUGCCAGAGCCGGGUUCAUUUUUAUGCUGACAAAUUUUUAGUUCCAGAAGCAAAAUCUAACUGGACAUCAAAAGCUUUUACUUUGCAUUUGUAGUAUUUCACUCAUUGUAAAUACCUUUAAAAAAUACAAGGAAUAGUUACACAGG